AUGGCCGAAGUCGACACAAGGCCAGAGGAGCCUGUCUCCGCCGUGAUCGAGCAAGCGCAAGUCGGAGAAGACGCGACAGACGCGCAGACACAGGAACUCGCCCUCACUACAACCAACACCGAAGUCGUCGCCCCAACUGAAAAGAAGGUCAAAAAGAUCAUCCGGCGCAAGAAGAGACCGGCGCGACCCCAAAUCGACCCGGCGCUGGUCAAGUCCGAGCCGCCCCCGCAGACAGGAACGACGUUCAACAUCUGGUACAACAAGUGGUCAGGUGGCGAUCGCGAAGACAAGUACCUGUCCCAGACACACGCCAAGGGAAGAUGUAAUAUCGCUUUGGAUACCGGAUACACGCGCGCGGACGGAGUGGCAGGAUCGUUCUUUUGUCUGUUCUUCGCGAGGGGUGUCUGCCCCAAGGGCCAGGAUUGCGAGUACCUCCAUCGACUACCGACCAUCCACGACAUUUUCAACCCCAAUGUUGACUGUUUCGGGCGCGACAAGUUCAGCGACUAUCGCGACGACAUGGGCGGUGUGGGCAGCUUCAGCAGGCAGAACCGGACGAUCUACAUCGGCAGGAUCCACGUCACAGAAGACAUCGAGGAGAUCGUGGCGCGUCACUUUGCUGAAUGGGGGCAAAUAGAGAGAGUGCGUGUGCUGAACACGAGAGUAUGGAACUCGGCACUAAUUCAUCGGUUACAGGCAAAUGCUCAAUUCGCCAAGGAAGCGAUGGCACAUCAGUCGUUAGACCACAACGAGAUCAUCAACGUUCGAUGGGCGACAGUGGAUCCCAACCCCAUGGCGCAAAAACGCGAGGCGAGGCGCAUCGAGGAACAAGCUGCGGAGGCCAUCCGACGAGCCCUGCCGGCCGAGUACGUUGCCGAGAUCGAGGGCAAAGACCCAGAGGCGCGGAAACGGAGGAGGAUCGAGAGUAGCUAUGGCUUGGAAGGAUACGAGGCGCCAGACGAAGUACAUUUUGCCCGGGGAAAGAAUGCGGUGAACCCCAGGGGUCGCGAAGGGUAUGAGCUUGAGGAUCAGCAACUGCUGAUGCUCGAAGCUGGGGAGGCUGGAGGGUGGGGACAGGAGCAGGAAAAUGAGGCACAACCCCAAGAACAACAACAGAGUUCCGGUGGAAUUUUGUCUGGAAGCACCCUUGCUGCGCUACAGGCUGCUAGAGUGGCGGUUGCGGAGAAACCGAAAGCGCCUGUCUCGGCGGGACCGCUGGUGGCUUAUGGUAGUGAUGAUGACAGCGACUAA